CAGCACCUGGACAUUCACAUACCAUGCAAAUGUUUCCCGAAGGUGUCCACGGAGUCAUAGUGUAGUGCUUUGUCCCUCCCUUUGACAAGUAUUUGCACAGAUAAUAUUUUGCUUUGAAAGAGUGGAGCAGGACACUUCCCAGGUACCGCCCAGAAGCAACUGGCACUCCUCAGUGGCAGAGCCCUUCUAGCAAAGCAUGCUGUUCCUCCGUUUCCAGCUGUUGGUUUUCCUCCUUAACCUGAAUUUAUCCAGAUGUGAGGACAAGAGGAAUUCAAUUAUCUCUGCACUGGAGAAAGCAACUUUGUUCCUGGAAGAGCAAUAUAAUGAACUCAACAUAGAUGGAGUGUUUGGAUAUCGUUUUUUGCAAGCGUAUCUGAAUGCAACAUUGGAGAAAUGGGCCUCGGUGUCUGGAUUAGAGUCGGAGCAAGUGCGAGUGCGACGCUUGGAUGCGAAGGUGUCAGCUUUGAUCGAAAAAGCAAAGCGUGCUCUAGAGAAGAACGACCCAGAUUCUUACAGAGCAUUUCAUCAAGCUUUAAGCCCAGGGUUUUGGAAGAUUCCCCAUCAGUGGGUUCAGAAUGAUCCUCCUGUUUCUUUCUCCCCAACCAACGGCUCAUGUCUGGACUUGGAAACAAGCGAUUCCUGCAUAUCCAACCUGCUAGGAUCAGGGGCCGGUGGCACACCUUGCCUUGUUCCAGAUAACUGCAGAAGCAUCAUGAUAAAAACACACUGUUCGGGAUAUGGUCUGUCCCAUCAACUUUUCUACUUCCUGUUUGCAGAGAUGAAAGGAUGCUCGGAUCCCCUCUUCCACAAUGCGCAAUAUUACAAGAGUGUGUUCUGUCAUUUAAUGAUGCAAAUCAAUGUCGACGCUGAAAAGCAAGCGCUCCUAGGGACCGUGGGAGACCUUUUUACGGAAAACAUUUUGUUUUGUGGCCUGGCUGGAUUCUCUGAUUUCUAUAAAUCACGGUGGCUGGACAUCAUUCUCAACUGGCAAAAAAGCGAAAGAGGAUGUUUCUGGAUGUUCGACUCCUCCAGCCCAGUUUCUGAAAGCAAUCAUAAGGAAGCACGAAGAGUUAAGAGAACGGAGAAGAUUCUUGAAGGUGAAUGUGCUUCUCACAACACCGCCGUGGCCGUAGGAGCGAUUGGAGGAUUUCUCCACUACGAGUUCUGAUGCUUUCGUGCUUCUUUCUUCUUAUGCCACUGAGCUUAACUUUCUGGCUUUAUUAUGCAAUGCAGGACCUGUUCAAAAACCAAUCGCUCUUCUCUCUAGGUACAUUUUGGGUGCUAGUCAACAUGACUGUGCUUUCAACAUCCCGGUCAACCAGGGCACUGGAAAAAUCAUAUUCAUAUUCUGGGGUGCGGUACUGGUACCUCAUUAGGACGGGGAGGAGACUCACUGUCUUCUUGAACUGUCUCCCUAGCAUGGGGAAGGGGCAGUGAUGUGCUGGCCCCGGGUCUUUGGGGUUGAAGACCUCUUACUAUUUCUGCAGCAGGGUCUCUGCCUCCAUUGUCCCAGAGUCGCCCAAUGAGCACGAAAGGGGAGCUGUUUAGCCGCGGCAUGCUCCAAAGCUAAGCAUUUAGGAACACUGAAAACACAAGGUGCUGCAGUUUUAAGGGAAUGAGUGGUGUGCAGGUUCUGUUUAUGCACAAUGGAACACAACUUAAGUCAAUUUCUUCAACCCAAGGACCACAUAUCAGUGGUGUGGGUGGGGCCAGAGGCAAAAAGUGAGUGUCACAACAGAUGUGACUCCUACCUUUGUACAGUAGGCUGCAUUCCAGCCACAUGAAAGUCAGAGGCUUCUGCACAGAGGUUGCACAGAUGUGGCCUCAGAUGGACAACUUCAUCCAUACCUAGCCUAGGUGUCACUUACAUUUUAAUCUCUUUUAUCCAAUCCAAUUAGGCUCCUCACUUCUCUAUCUGGCUCCAUUUGCACUGUUCCCUCCUUCGGCACCCCGUGUGCUAUCCUGCUUCUCCCAGUCUUCCGUAUCUCCUGCCGCCUCUAUAGUUUUAACCAAAUAAUUGCCAUUUCCAUCUGAAUGUGCCACCCAUGUACUUACUCUAUCUAUUUUUGCAAUAAACUGAAUUUUCAAGUACCCUAAGAUCUGACUUGUCAUCUCUCCACCUGGAUGCUCAGGUUUCUGCCAUGGCUGAUAACGUUUUUUGGUUCAAGACCCCAACAGGCAUUGUUCAAGUUUGCAUUGCAUCUACGCUCAAGUUGCAAAAGUGUGUUAAUAAACCAUAUUUCUUAAAGACA